CAGGUAAUGGCACUUGACAGCUUGGACACGUGGAUUAUGUCUUUUAAAACUACUGAUAUCGAAAUCGUUCAAACAAAUGCUAGAGAUCUAAUUAGUUAUGGUCAUACUACUAAUAAUAGUAGUAGUGGUAGUAGAAGACAAACAGAACAGUAUUUAGAUUAUAUUCGAUGUAUGAUUGGAUGGAGAAAUAUCAUUUAUACAUGUUUAACAUCAAAUCAAACAUUGGAUGAAAGUCAUUUACUAGAUUUAGCAAAAUUUCUACAAAAUAUGGCUAUUUCUACUCAAAGAUUAUUAGAAGCAAAUGUAGACUUGUGUGUAUUUUGUCGUAACAACAAUGAACCUAAAGAGAUGUAUACUAGUCAUAAAGUUAAAGAUCGUUUUGGUCGAGUAACUUGUCCAAUUCUACGUAAAUUUACUUGUCCAUUAUGCGGUGCUACUAAAGAUCGUGCUCAUACAAUAAGAUAUUGUCCGAGAUUAUUAUUAACAAAUAAUAAUCGAAAUGGUAACAGUAGUGGUGGACCAACUUGUCCUAUGAUUGAAGCUGGUUUGUUGGAACCGAUACAGUUCUCUACAUCGAAUUCAAUUUAAGAAUGAAAUCUACUUGAUAAUAAAAGGACAAUUCAAAUGAAAUAUUUUCCAACCGAUUUAUGACGAUAUUUAUGAUGAUGUAUUGAUUAUUAUUGUUAUUAUUAUUAUCACCAUAAAUCAAUGCUAAUAAAUUAUUCCAUGAUCAGUUUAUAA